AUGGCAACAUUAUUAUGGGUUACCAAGAGUGCUCAAUCCCAAUCCUUGUCACAGUCUGAAGGUCAGGAGCGCCUUGACAUUUUCUCACAGGCUCAAGCUGUAAGCCGACACCAAAAAGCAGCGAGCCGGAAACAAGCAACAACGACAUUGUACAGAGUAAACACUGCCGUUACGACCGGACGCAAACAUGUCUUCAAGCUUAAGAAUUUUCAGGCUACACGUGGGAGCAGACAUCCCGGGCUGGGCCACGCCAAUCCUGAUCACCGAUACUGCGCCUGCACCUCUCCCUGGUUGCCAUUAACGCCCAGCUAUCCGAUACAGAGAAAUCAUGACUGGACCGUCCACGAAAGACGCAGUGCUUCGUACUUCCAAGAAGUCGCAGUCAAUAAAAUUCUUACAGUGCAACGACACAGAGAAUUCUGGAAAGGCAUUGUUCCUUGUUUGGUAGAAUCCGAACCCGGCAUUCGACAUCUUGUGGUCGCCAUCGCAGCAACAUAUGAGUUCUUGCAAAGGCCACGGGCCGUCCCGCUCGACCACUUUGCCUUGACACAAUGCAACAAAGCGCUUCGGACCAUAUUGUCUGGGGAAACGAAUCGGCAAUCACUGAUAACAUCCUCGAUUCUCGUCGCGACCUACCAUCUUCUCCGAGCGGAAAACGAAGCUGCUGAUCGGGCCAUCGAUUCUGGUCUUAAGAUGCUUCAGCUGGACAAUGGCACGGACAGUGGUGGCGGUCUUGAGCAGCUGUCCAGUGUACUCAUGUCUAUCGGUCAGCAGCAUGGCUAUAAACUCUGGGCCGCUGACGUUGCCUUUCUAUUUGAGAAAACAGUCGCAAACUGCGAAGACAUCAGACUUGUCCAACACUUUCCGAGCGGUCCAUUCACAAAUGGUGAACAGGUAUUGUCUUCAUUUAAGGCUAUGAUGAUGGAAGUCAUUGCACGAGUAAUGCGCAAUAUCACUCUAGGGGCUUACGUUGAUCCGGACUGCUCUUUUGCUUGUGAUGUAGGUCAACACUUCUCUACGAUCCUGUUCCAUUGGGACAUGCUUUACCGCAGCUUGCCCGCAAACUCUGCUACUGAGAAGCUACAACUAGUGCAAGUGAAGGUCGGACUACUACUUGCUCGCCUUUUAUUUCACGCUAAGCUCCUCGCGGCGGACGAGCUUCGGGUUGAUGCAUAUGCUGGAACGUUCGCAGAAAUUUGUCGGCUCGGCAAAGAGGUCAUUGCCUCCCGUCAUGCAGGGCGCCCAGUUGUAUAUGUCGACCGCUUCGUCAACGGCACAUUUUUCACGUGUGCUAUGCUCUGUCGUGACCCUCAAAUCAGGCGUGAUUUCAUUUCUUUAUUGAAGAGUCAACUCGGGUACCAGGACGGCCUCGUCAACUAUGCCCGAGGGCAUGUAGCGAUGAUCAUGGCAGAUAUUGAAGAGCACGGGCUCGUGGUAGAUAGCUGCCACGACAUUCCGGAGACCAAACGAAUUGGGGUUUGCGAAUUGUCUUGUUCAGAGGACAGAGUCCUGCGCCUGGGCUAUAUGGCAGCGACGUGGACUGAGAGAACCUCCUUAAAUCAUCAUUUUUCACGAAUACCUGCAGAACUCAAUGAUUACACCCAUCAAGAGAUCAACGAAUGCUUGAAAGGUAUGAUGGGAGCAUACGCGAUGUACAGAAAGCUGGACCUGUUUCGGGCCCCGAAUGGGUAUCUACGGAAAAUGUACUACGGCGAGCUUCUUGUGAGAGUCAUAUUUAGACCUGGCAUAGUGGUCAACACGGGAGAAGCGCUGGAUUGUAGCAACCUCUGA